GGCCGAAAUGAGUGAGGAAGUAUCUCCGGGGUGCAUACUCCAAACAUACGGCUCUGUCCCACUGAGUCGCCCUGUGCUUCAAUCCGUUCUGUUCCACGAUCAAAUCGAGUGGUCUUUAAUUGGGGGAUUAGAAGGCGGUUCUUCAGGGCUCACCUCAGGAAUAUUAGUGGUGGUUGAAAGAUGUACUCUGCCGCAUAUACCAACGAGAACCACCAUGCUGAGCGGGUGGACUUCUUGACCAAUCGGGAUAAGAGUCCGUCGAAGAAGAGGACGACGGGGGUGGUGAUCGGCGUUCUGCUGGGCGUCCUGGUCCUGGCCGCCGUCGCCGCCUUCCUCAUAUGGUUCUUCGCCUUCAAAGACGCCACAGAAGGCGGGAGAAUCAGCAAGCGCCGGGCAGGAGCCGUGCAGGUGUUCAGCGGGCACCUUACGCUGGAGAACGUGGAGUACGAUCAGAAGCUGGAGGACACCCUGAGCCCGGAGUUCGGGGCCCUGGCGGAUGACCUGGAGGAGAUCAUGGCGGCCACUUACAAGAAGGAUCCAUUCCUCGCCGAAUAUUACACCAAGUCUGUGAUCACCGCAUUCAGUGAGGGCGUGGUGGCGUACCAUUGGACCCAGUUCGACAUCCCGCCCAGCGACCUGGAGGUGCUGCCCGAGUUCACGGAGGAGCUGAUCCAGGAGAAGCUCUGGACCGGAGUGCAGGAGCACGGCAGGAAGAGCCGGCAGAACAUCCAGAUCAAGGAGGUCACCGCCUCGUACACGGAUCCUCGGAUGGCCAGGAAUUCCAGAGCACAGGAGUGCUUCUCCCGCCUGGAGGCCACAGACGUCGUGCAGGCCUUCCAUUCCCCGGGCUUUCCCGUGAAAUACCCGGCCAAGUCACGCUGCCAGUGGCAGAUCCGCGCGCCGGAGAACCACGCCAUCUCCCUCCGCUUCACCCAGUUCCACGUGGAGGACGACUGCUCCAACGACUUUGUCUCCAUCUACGACUCGCUGAGCCCCGACAGCUCUCAGGCCAUCACAGAGAAGUGUGGUCAGAGACCUCCCAGCAACCCUCUCCAGGUGGUCUCCUCCAGCAACAUCCUGCUGGUCAACCUCAUCACCGACAGCUCGACCCAGAGGCCCGGCUUCAGGGCUGAGUACAGCCUGAUACCGAUAUCCACACCCAAAAGCUGCGGAGGCCUGCUCACGAACGUCCAGGGUGAGUUCAGCUCCCCUCACCAUCCCAGCUUCUACCCCCCCGCCCUGGACUGCAAGUGGACCAUUCAGGUCGCCGCUGGGCAGAAGGUGCGUGUGAAGUUCAACAUGUUCCGGAUGAAGGAGCCGGGGGUGGAUGUGCGCGAGUGUCACAAGGACUACGUGGAGGUGAUGGGCCGCAAGUACUGCGGAGAGCUGUCCUCCCUGUCUCUGACCAGCCCCACCAACACGAUGGACAUCUCCUUCCACUCGGACGAGUCGUACACGGACAAGGGAUUCAUCGCCACCUACAACGCUUUCAACCCCAAGGACCCUUGCCCCGGCCUGUUCGCCUGUGCGGUCGGAAUCUGCAUCGCCAAAGACCUGAAGUGUGACGGCUGGAACGACUGUGGUGACAUGAGUGACGAGAUGGACUGCAAGUGUGAGAAGGAGCAGUUCGCCUGUGACAACGGCAUGUGCAAACCCAACUACUGGGUGUGUGACCGCGUCAACGACUGUGGGGAUGACAGUGACGAAAAGCAGUGCAGCUGUGGCGACAACGAGUGGCGCUGUGGUGACGGAACGUGUGUCCCGCAGGACGUUGUUUGUGACACCAGGAAGGACUGUGAGGACGGCAGUGAUGAGGCCUCCUGCAAAGUUUCCCCCGGGAUCUGUUCAGACUACAGCUUCACGUGUAAGGACAAGAGCUGUGUGAACAAGGUGAACGCAGAAUGCGACCGAGUCGCCGACUGCUCUGAUGAAAGCGACGAGACGAACUGUGACUGUGGUAUCAGACCCUACAAGCUGAACCGCAUCGUGGGGGGGCAGAACGCAGAGCUGGGGGAGUGGCCCUGGCAGGUGAGCCUUCACUUCAAGACCAGGGGUCACACGUGCGGAGCGUCCAUCAUCUCCGACCGCUGGCUGCUGUCGGCGGCCCACUGCUUCAAGACCAUCAGUCCAGAGAACCACAUGGCGUCCAGCUGGCAGACCUACAGCGGCAUGCAGGACCAGACCAAGCAGGCCGGGGUGGAGCGGCGGGGCCUGAAGACCAUCGUCAGCCACCCGGACUACAACCCCAUGAGCUACGACUACGACAUCGCCCUGCUGGAGCUCAGCGAGCCGCUGACCUUCAGCAACACCAUCCACCCCGUGUGCCUGCCCGCCCCCUCCCACGUCUUCCCCGCCGGCCUUCCGUGCUGGGUCACUGGCUGGGGCACGCUGCGGGAGGGAGCCAUGCGUGCUUCCAGGCUGCUCCAGAAGGCGGAGGUGAAGAUCAUCAAUGACACGGUGUGCAACGUGGUGACGGAGGGCCAGGUCACCUCCAGGAUGCUCUGCAGCGGCUUCCUGUCAGGAGGGGUCGACGCCUGCCAGGGUGACUCCGGCGGGCCCUUGGUGUGUUUCGAGGAGAGUGGGAAGUGGUUCCAGUCGGGCAUCGUGAGCUGGGGGGAGGGCUGCGCGCGCCGCAACAAGCCCGGCGUGUACACCCGCGUCACCAAGCUGAGGGACUGGAUCAGGACCACGACCGGGGUGUGACCCCCCCCCCAUGUAGGCAGACCCCAGGGGGGCUCCAGACCCGUCUCUCCAGACCAGUCUCAACACGGUCUAAUCAUCCAAUCAGGGACGGGGGGGCUUCUCGACCGAAAGAACACUUUGAUUAGGCUUCAUAGCCCCCCAUUGAGACUUUGUUCUAGCCAUUAGCUUGCCAUGUUUCGGACAUUUUCUCUUAUUUUGAACAAAGAAAUAUGUGUAUUUAGAGACACCCCCCCCCCCCCCCAAUCCACCACAAAGAAUGCCUUAUCCAACCAAACCUGAAUGCCUUAUCUGUCCAUGCUCGGGUAUGGCCAAUGAUAGUUGAGACCUUUUUUUUUUAACUUGUAUACGUUUUUCUAUUUAUGUAAUGAUUCGACUCCAUUCUGUGUGAUGGCACCAGUGUGGACAGGUCCCAUCAGGUAUCCCACACUGGCCCACCCACUGAUCCCAGUGAUGCGCUGCUAAGCCCCGGACAUUAUUGGGUGUGAGGGGUCAGGUGACCGCUCCCUGGCCCGGGAUCAGUGCUUCUACCCCAGCCUCAGAGUCUGGAUGCACUGCUGGGCGCUGCGAUGCCUGUCUGCACGCGGAGCUCUGACCGGGGGUCCCCAUCUCCCCGUUGGGAGCUCCAACCAACAAACUAGGUUUUUUUUUUUACGAGAGGCCAAAGAAAUUGAUAGGGUUGUUUUUUCCUUUAUUUAUUCUCUUCCUUUUUAUUUUGUCGUUUUUUCAUGCCAAAUUUUUAAUCAGAGAUUUAACCCAUAUUUGAUUGAAUAUGAUUUUACUCAUAUUUUACCAUGGAUGUAAUUAAUAUAUGAAUAUUGAAAUAUCAAUACUCCGGUAUUGUUUUUUUAUCGCAAAUUGCGUAGGGGACCUUUGUGUUGUGUAAAUGUGGAUUGUCUAACACAACAUGACGGCGCCUUGUGUUGUUAGUACGCAGGUUAAGGGGCCUUCUUCAACAUGUCGAUUGUUUGUUUAUUUGUUUAUUUUUCCCAGGGAUGAAUUUUAAUGGCUUCCAGUGUGUUUCUAUGUGUAAUGUUUUAAUACGAGCCGAUUUAAUGAGAAUAAACGAGCAGGAUCAGAAUGUUAA